AUGUCAACAAAAGAUUUAGAGAAGCUUCUUCUAUUACAAUGUGUUGGAACAUUUACUGCCCUUUACAUAAUAACUAGUGAUUUGUAUCAUGUGAUGGUAUUUUAUUGGGAUGUUUCAACUGGUAGAACUAUUUCAUGUUUCGAAGGAACUUAUGACCAUGUCAAAUUGACAAUUCAAGCAUCACGCUUUGAAAAAUAUGCUCGUAACUAUUUAGAUGUCAAUGUUCCAAGAUUAAUGAUCAUUAUAAAUCCUAUUAAAGUAAUAAUUGAAAAUCUAUCUGAUGAUUACGUUGAGGAGUUUAUUGUUCCUUUCAAACCAAGAGACACAUCUAUGAGAGAGGGAACUAUUUUAAAAAACAUGCAAAUAGAAAUAUAG